AUGGGCAUUUGCGGGGCGGCGACGCGCUCCGCGACGGUGUCUGAGGGACCGCGGAGGGCCGUCGGGGGCCGGGAGGGACGCCUGCCCGGCGAGAGGACACAUGCUCAUGGUUUGGCUAUCUGCGCAGUGGGCCGCAAGAAGAUACGGAUUGAGAAGAUCCAGGACGAGAGGGCCAGGCAGGUGACCUUCACCAAACGCAAGAAUGGGCUUAUGAAAAAGGCCAUGGAGCUGUCCAUCCUGUGCGACUGCGAGAUCGCGCUGGUGGUGUUCAACUCGAGCGGCAAGCUCUUCGAGUACUCCAGCGGCAGCAUAGACGGCACCAUCGAGCGCUUCGGCCGCCACAGGGCCGAACCGCACGAGGUCCACGACAACACAGACCUUUUCCAGCACUACUUCGCGGAGGAAUUGGCCCUGUUCGACGAUGACGACUGCGACGGCACGAGACGCCCGGGAGGGAAGGUUCGCAGUGAUCCGGCUGUCGUGGACGUCAACCGUCAGCUGAGAGGGGGUGGCAGCACACUGGAGGUCGCUCGCCAACUGGGCUGGACAGUCGAAGAUGGCCACCAUGCACUGUCCCCAAGAAGCGAGACUGCUCACAAAGCCAUCGCUAUGGACCUCGAAAAGGUCUUUGGUGUUCUCAAGGCUAUUUCAGGAUCAAACCAGGCUGGCGACUCUCAAACCAGGGCAGCAGAUGUUUCUGGGAGGGGAGAGCACUGCGAAGAAAAUGACCAAGAUUUGAUGCUCGCAGAUCCCCCAGACUUAACCAUGAGCGUUGCGGUGGGAAUGAAAAGGAAGCUGGAGCCUGAUGCCCAUGGACCUGAUAAAGAAUCUGCAAAGACAGAUCAUGUUCCUGACAAGGGAGCAACAGCCGUUGCAGGACUCAGAACAUCAGCACAGAUGGCUGCUGCUCUCCUCAGCAAUAGCAUGGGCCAUUCGCAGGCCAUGUCUUCUGACGAUUGGAAGACUGUGGUAGCCACCAUGCCUGCGCAGCAAGGCAGGAAAGUAGGGAACUAUUCCUCAACAGCCAACAGGAGUGGUAAACAAGGACCAAGGGGCUGCAACGCCAUGCCAAAAACAUGUGCAACUCUGCAACAGGCGCAUGUCCACAGAGGGAACGGUGCGCAACAGCGCCGAACGUGGAUGGUUGACAGAUCUGCCACCAGCCCUCAGGAUGGCCAUUCCAACGUCUCGCCUGUGUCCAACCCUACUUCAAACAACAGACUUGAGAGGCAUGGAGGCAGGUGUCACACACAAAAAAUGCUGGCUUGCAAGCAGGAACUACCAUUUGCCAUUCCAGCCUCCCAAAUGCCAAGGCAUAUUCUGCCUGUUGUUGGCUACACAGAUGGCACAGAUGGAACCAUGAGCAUCCCACAGCUGGGCGCUUGCGAUCAGGCGAUGGAAACUCAUGUUGGAGCAAAAGGCGGGCAAAUUCUGACACUUGUCCAAACGCCGCAUGGAUUCUUUGCUGUGCCUCUCCAGCUGAAAGCAGGCGUGGGACUUGCUGCACAGUGUCAGGAAUUGGAGAGGGCAGGCUGUGCUGGGGGUGAUCCCGCCGUCCUGGCCUUGCAAGAUCUGAACAACGGUGCUGCCUGCCAGCCAACGGUUGAGGGUACUCCUGACAGAGCUAUGGGUGGCAACGUGUCCCUAAUGACAGCAAACCCGUGUGUGGUUGUGAAGCCCACAUCUAUACCUGCGCCACAGAUUGUGGUUGCAUCUCAAGGCUUUCCCCUGGUGCUGACUGAGGAUGAGCAUGGCAACUCGCAAAACGGUGAUGAUUUAUCCCGAUUGAGCCAAACUGAACUGUCCCACGUUGGCAACCUCAUCCGACAAAUGCAGGUUUCACAGCGGGAGCAGCAGAUCAACCUGCCCUGGGCGCCUCGCGAUGCUGCCACAGCCGAUGGUGCAACGGAAAACCAGGCCUUUUCUGUUGGAGUGACGAAUCCAACCGGAGAGCAACAGCUGCAGCGCACUUUGCUUCUGCAGAUGGCCUCUGGACGGCCCCGACAGGAUGGCGCCUGUAGCUGA